UGGGAAUUUGAGUUUAUACAUACUCAACUUAACAAUCUGCUCUCAUCUCAAAAAACGAAUCAAAAAUGUCAGGCGAGACUGAAGAAGCCGUGCGCCGCCGCGUCGCAACCGCCGAUUAUCGGAAAAAGUUACUCCAACACAAGGAGCUCGAGUCCCGUGUUCGCGGAGUGAGGGAUAGUUUGCGUACUGUGAAAAAGGAGUAUGCUAAGACUGAAGAUGAUCUCAAGUCACUUCAGAGUGUUGGACAAAUUAUCGGUGAAGUCUUGAGGCCUUUGGAUAAUGAGCGAUUGAUAGUCAAAGCUAGCAGCGGUCCAAGGUAUGUGGUUGGCUGUCGUAGUAAGGUGGACAAGGAAAAACUUACUGCUGGAACACGAGUGGUUCUUGAUAUGACUACUCUUACAAUUAUGCGAGCUUUACCCCGUGAAGUCGAUCCAGUUGUGUAUAACAUGCUUCAUGAAGAUCCUGGAAAUGUUAGCUAUUCAGCUGUUGGAGGUCUCUCAGAUCAGAUCCGAGAACUGAGGGAAUCAAUAGAAUUGCCUCUCAUGAACCCGGAGCUAUUCUUAAGGGUUGGCAUUAAACCUCCCAAGGGUGUUCUUCUAUAUGGACCUCCUGGAACAGGCAAGACAUUAUUAGCUAGAGCUAUUGCUAGCAAUAUAGAUGCUAACUUUUUAAAGGUUGUUUCUAGUGCGAUAAUUGAUAAAUACAUUGGUGAGAGUGCAAGAUUGAUCAGGGAAAUGUUUGGUUAUGCUCGUGAUCACCAACCCUGCAUCAUUUUUAUGGAUGAGAUUGAUGCCAUUGGGGGGCGUCGUUUCAGCGAGGGAACCAGUGCUGAUCGUGAAAUUCAAAGAACACUUAUGGAGUUGCUUAACCAGCUAGAUGGGUUUGACCAGCUUGGGAAGGUUAAAAUGAUCAUGGCUACCAAUAGACCAGAUGUUCUAGACCCUGCACUUCUACGUCCAGGCAGAUUAGACAGGAAAAUAGAGAUUCCGUUACCAAAUGAACAGUCAAGAAUGGAAAUCUUAAAGAUUCAUGCUGCUGGAAUUGCCAAGCACGGGGAAAUCGAUUAUGAGGCUGUUGUUAAGCUGGCUGAGGGUUUCAAUGGAGCUGAUCUCCGUAAUGUUUGCACCGAAGCUGGAAUGUCAGCUAUUCGUGCGGAACGAGAUUAUGUCAUCCAUGAAGAUUUCAUGAAGGCUGUCCGCAAACUGAAUGAAGCAAAGAAACUUGAGUCAACUGCUCAUUACAGUACUGAUUUUGGGAAGGAGUAGAAAUGAACACUGGUGAUUUCAGUUGAUGUAGCAGAUUGCCAGGGGAAGAUUGGCUCUUUGUUGCGCUUGCUUUUGUACACCUUUGUGGUUGGGAAAUCACUUGUCUCACAUCAACUUCUUAUCAUAUUACGUAAGCUUUUUAUUCUUUCGGUAAAGGUUGAAAGCAAGUGCUUUUGUUUUUAAGGAUGAAGAAAUCAAUAUGGAGAAUUGGAGUGUUUCAAGUGUUGAGAUCUAUUGCUUUUAUUUGAAGACAAAGUGCCAUUUGUUUUGCUUUAAAAUUUCCUCCCUAGAUGCUCUGAAACAUUGCUUUGCAGUUGGUGCAAGUAUUACCAAGUGUUGUCUUGUCUUAA